CCCCCCCCCCCCAACAACCAAACUCCGGUCACCGGAAUAUCCACCAGUCCACCACCACCACAAAAUGCCGACCACCUUCGAACGCAACCUUAACCUCUGCUUCACCAAACUCAAACGCCAUCAAUCCCCACCACCUCCUCCCACCCACCACCGUCACCACCACCGCCGCCGCCACUCCGACCCCACGGUCAUCAAAACCUUCAACACCCUUUACGAUGCUUCCGAUUCCGACCACUCUCCGACCACCACUGAGUUCCCCACCGUCAUUGCCUCCGACCGGUUCUUCUUCUCCUCACCCGGCCGGUCGAAUUCGAUCAUCGAAUCGUCAUCUCAUUCAACAUCUUCCAUUGCUUCGACGUCGUUCUCGCCGGCGGAAUAUUCCGGCGGAGAUGGGUUUGAGAGCGUGGGUGGCGGCGUGGCGAUCCCGACGAUCUCGCCGGACCCGUACUUUGAUUUUAGAAAAUCUAUGCAGGAAAUGGUGGAGGCACGUGACCUCAUCGAUGUUCGUGCCAACUGGGAUUAUUUGCACGAGCUGCUCACGUGCUACCUUGAGUUGAACCCCAAAAGUGCUCAUAAGUUUAUUGUUGGAGCUUUUGCGGAUCUAUUGGUUACUCUCAUGACAGCGGAGACGGGUGGUGGUGGGGAUGGCCGGAAUAUGUGAGGAUGGUGGUUGGUUUUGUUUGUCUCAAUGUUUUGAAACCGGUUCACACUGGCAGGUUGAACUGUCCGGUACACCUGGUUGAACCGUUGUCCGAUACACCUGGUUAAACUAUUUCAAAGUCAUAUCUGGUAUUGGAAAACCGGAUUUUAAAACAUUGAUUUGUUUAUUUAUCUUUGUUUGACGGUGGUGGUGGGGUGGGGUGUGAUUAAUUGAUGUAGCAUUUUUUGUAGUUUUGUUAAGUAUAAUUAAAAUUUUAUAUUAUAUUC